AUGUUGGAAGCAGGACUCGCACGCACUCCGGAGCAUGAGAAAACAACAGACACCACAGGUCAGACACAGGAGGAGGAUUCCGCGUUUGGACGUUCGUGGAAAGGGUACCCCGGAGGCUAUCCCAUGCUGGCCGAACGCAUCGCUUUGAAGCCACAGACAGCUAUCUAUCGCAGAUUCGACGCUCUGAAUUCCCGACGUAUACUGUACCUUCAAGCGGAGCUCUGUAUCCUGGAGAACCGUCUGCGGAGCAUGGAGGAAACAGAGGACGAGGAAAAUAAGAGAGACGAAAGAAGGUUUCACGGCUUUGCAAUCGACUACGAGCGCAUGCUCGAAGAGGAGAAUGGCGAGGGGAAACCGCAUUUAGAACUUCUCGGAAGAAUUGGUGAGAAAUUAAGCCAGUACAAUGAAGCGCUUCUACAAAUUUCAAACUUAUCCCAGAUCCCCGCACCGCAGAAAUUCGACCUCACCGACAUCCACCACUUCCUGCACAGCAAGGCCAUGCAGUCAAACUUGCUCGAUGGCAUCGACUCAGUUACCUGGGGCUCUUGGGACAAACCUGAAGACCAUGCACCGGACCUGGUUGGAGUACACCCUCGCCCAAAGGCUGAUAACUUUUCUCGCUGGAUUACAGAGAAGUCGGUGAAUCUGUUUGCAUGUGGACUCGACCGUCUCACCAAAGGCACUCCCAGCCUGGGACGCAAAGUGUAUUAUGAUUCAGAAGUCCUGAAAAUCACAUCUUGGAUCAUGUGUAUCCUGGCAUCGCUACUGCCCAUUGCUUCCAUCUUGGUUCUGUUGAAUGUGCCAUCACUCAAGGGCAGGCUUUGGGUCAUUGCUGCCUUCAAUAUCUUGAUGAGCGUGUGUUUGAGGACGUUUACAGAGGCGAAGAAGUCAGAAGCAUUUGCCAUUACUGCUGCGUAA